AUGGCCAUUCUCGGCUCGCGAUUGUGCAUGCUCGGUGUCCUCUCGUGCGAAGCGAAGAGGAGGCUGGAAGGAUGUAAGAAGCGGGUCAGCAAAGCAGCAGCAGCUAGUCCAGCCGCGUCUGCUAGCGCUUUGGCGGCCACGUGUGAAAUCUGCACCUCAUCUGCAAGCACGGGACUCGUGCUUCUCGACCGAUGUCUGCACGAACCCACUCGCGCUGCAGCGACGCCGGGGACAGAGAAAGGUGUGCUGUCAACUGGCGUCCAGCGCGGCAUCAAUGUGGCUCGUUUGCCGCUGCAGCAGGGCGUCUUUGCCUGGCAGGGACGCCGACCUCAUCAAAGUGCGAAGAAUUGUGGCCGUCAGAUGACAUUUCAAAUCCUCGCCGCCCGUUGCAGCAGGCGUGGUGGCUUGAUCCUGCUCCAGACGCCUCCCGUGUUUCACUAUUUUUGGGCAGAGGGCUCAUCUCAGCGUGCACCGCACCGCAGGCAGUCGCACAGUGAGCACACAAACGCUCACAGACAUCUCACGACAGCACGACAGCUGCAAGAAAACCUCCGAACGGCUACCAGCGUGCUGGUCAACCUUUUCCGAGCACUCGGGGUCGUCGGCCUGCCAUGGUUGAGUCAGACAGCAUGCCGCAUGCGGGACACUGCAUCUGAAUUCCUCAGACACGAGGUUGUAGGGAUGUCUGUCUGCCGUGACACCGCCUAUCAGAGACGGAUGCUGACGGGUGCGAGUGGUGGACGGGCAGUCAUCGGCUCGUCCAAGCACGACGACAUGCACGCGUGCGAGAGCGGCAUUCCUCCGCCAUCGCGAGCAUGGGCAGUAGCCAAGAUGUUCGACAAUGCUUCUAGCGCCGUCGAUCGCGGAUACAGCGGCCAGCAACCUUUCCUCAGCCCGAAUAGACUCGGGGGCGCUGCGACGUUGCGAGCGAAGAACGACCUCGACUUCACCGAGCAGAAGAAAACGAACCUCGAGUUGGCCACCGUACAGGCCACGCAAGGUACAGCGCAAGACAAAGACGGCGCCUGCAGUCGCCGCGUUUGGUGGCGUCCCGUGAAGCGCGCCAACUGGCGAUGGAUGUGA